AUGCUCGUAAAGCCGGCUUGUCUCCCACACUGUGCCGCCGUGUGCGCCUCACUGGCCGCAGCCGCUUAUCCAUAUGUCGCGGCGGCGCACGCGGGGCCGGGAUGCGCACGCUCCGGGGGGCCCUCGGCUGCGACGCGGGCCCUCGGUGGAGCCAUAGAACAGCUCUAUCCCAGCUCUAUCUCAGCUCUAUCUCAGCUCUAUCUCAGCUCUAUCUCAGCUCUAUCUCAGCUCUAUCUCAGCUCUAUCUCAGCUCUAUCCCAGCUCUAUCUCAGCUCUAUCUCAGCUCUAUCUCAGCUCUAUCCCAGUUCAAUCCCAGCUCUAGCUCAGCUCUAUCUCAGCUCUAUCUCAGCUCUAUCUCAGCUCUAUCUCAGCUCUAUCUCAGCUCUAUCCCAGCUCUAUCCCAGCUCUAUCUCAGCUCUAUCCCAGCUCUAUCCCAGCUCUAUCCCAGCUCUAUCCCAGCUCUAUCCCAGCUCUAUCCCAGCUCUAUCCCAGAUCUUUCUCAGCUCUAUCUCAGCUCUAUCUCAGAUCUAUCUCAGCUCUAUCUCAGCUCUAUCCCAGCUCUAUCUCAGCUCUAUCUCAGCUCUAUCUCAGCUCUAUCUCAGCUCUAUCUCAGCUCUAUCCCAGCUCUAUCUCAGCUCUAUCUCAGCUCUAUCUCAGCUCUAUCCCAGCUCUAUCUCAGCUCUAUCUCAGCUCUAUCCCAGCUCUAUCCCAGCUCUAUCUCAGCUCUAUCUCAGCUCUAUCUCAGCUCUAUCCCAGCUCUAUCUCAGCUCUAUCUCAGCUCUAUCUCAGCUCUAUCUCAGCUCUAUCCCAGUUCAAUCCCAGCUCUAUCUCAGCUCUAUCUCAGCUCUAUCCCAGCUCUAUCUCAGCUCUAUCCUGGGUUUCUCCUGGUGGUAG